AUGCCCAUCACGUCUAUCGACGCGACUGACGUGAACAAGCUCACAUCAGGACAGGUUAUCAUCGAGAUACAGUCCGUCGUAAAGGAGCUAGUUGACAAUUCACUUGACGCAGGAAGUAAACAGAUCGAGAUUGUGUUCAACAACUACGGGAUCAAAGGCAUUGAUGUCAUUGAUAAUGGUAAAGGGAUAGAUAAGGAUGACUACGAGGCCCUAUGUUUAAAGCAUCACACCUCAAAACUCUCCAGUUUCGAGGACUUAGAAUCGGUUUCUACAUUGGGCUUCCGUGGUGAGGCAUUGGCUUCCUUAUGUGCUGUGGCACGAGUAAAGAUUACGACAUGCUCAUCCUCCACAUACCCAAAAGAAGCUACACUUGAGUACGAUAGCAUGGGUAAGUUGACGUCUCAAAAAAUGACUGUUUCCGGAAAGAAAGGUACAUCUGUCAGCGUUCAUGACCUAUUUUAUGGCUUGCCAGUGAGACAAAAGUAUUUUGCCAAGAACGCAAAGAAAGAAUACUCGAAGGCUUUAUCGCUCUUGGUGGGCUACCUCUUGCUCUAUACAGAUGUACGUUUUGUUGUAUAUCAAAUAAGUGGCAAUACUGGGAAGAAGUCGAUGGUGAUGGGAACUCAGGGAAGAGGAGCAUCUGUAUUCGACACACUUGUGAGUGUUUAUGGAAGUAAUGGCGCCCAUGGCCUCGUUCCUAUUGACAUUGCAACCGAGAACAUUGAAGCCAGAUUCAAACUUGGGAUGACAAGUGUGCCUGUAUCGCUAAAAUUCCGCCUAAAGGGCCUUAUACUGGAUUAUUCCUUCGGCAUGGGCAGAGGAGCUCUGGAUAGGCAAUUCUUGUAUGUAAACAAGAGGCCAGUGGUACACAAAAAGUUCACAAAAAUACUAAAUGAGGUUUACAAGACUUUCAAUCACACGCAGCUGCCGGUUUUUGUUCUUGACAUUGAGAUUGACCAGACGUUCGUCGAUAUAAAUGUUACACCAGAUAAGAGAAGCGUCAUGGUACAAAAUGAGGAUCUUUUAAGCGAGGUUCUUCGAGAAGAGGUGACCAAAUUCUAUGACGGUAUGCAUAAUAUGGUACCUAAAAGUGACCUUGGUGUUGUGAGAUUAGGCUCCAGCCUGGAGGUCCUCGAUGGGAAGCGGAAGGCGCUGUCUGAUAGUUUUGCCGAUGCAGAUAAAUCAAAGCGCUUGAAACAGAUAACAUCCAGGUCAUUAACUCAAACAUUUUCAAGCAAUAGCGAUAAUAUUCUGAAAGAUGCUGGGUCUAAUUCUUCCCCUGCCGUUGAUAUGCACGAGGGAGAGGAAGCAGAGGGAGAAGAGCCAGGAGAGGAACAAGAGUCACAACGAGAGAAAGAGGAAAACCAAGAGGAACAGGAUGAAGACGAUCGAGAAGAAGUAGUACAGGUGGACGAGGAAGAUGACGAAGGGGAAGCUAACAAACUUGAGGAGGAGAGGCCGGAAAAUUAUUCUGAAAAUGUCAGCCCGUCAAGAGAAAGUUCAGAAGUUCCCGAUUCGUAUGAUGAGGUCGAUCAAGAUUCGAGCGAAUCAACUGGUGAUAUGCGCCACGAGGCUCCACAAGUUGAGCUAAAUCCAGAUCAGAGAGAGCAUGAUUAUGCGGCCUCAGAAGAUGCCGUGGAAGUGAUCAACGUGACAAUGGGAGGCGACGAUAUACAUGUCUCUGAUGACGCCGCAGAUGAUAGCUUUUUAUUGACUGAAGAAGCGCAGCUUUUUGUGCAACAAGACGAGACAAUUGACGGCGAUAACACGGGUGUCACAAGCGAUCAUGAAUCAAAUAAAAGCAUAACAAAACCAUCCCAGGAAGAAGCCAAUGCUAGCGUGUGCGCCACAGACGAGGGAGAGAACUCUGACCAUGAAGGCCACCAUUGCAAGCAUUCGCUACAUGAUGAGACAUUCGAGGUCGAUGAAAGCCAACUCCCGACUAACUCAGUUGGAUCGGCGCUUGGACCAGCGGACCGUCCCCUCACAAGUCCCGGAAAAAAGACAUCCUAUAGCGAACCCGUCAAGGGCAUCAGCAGGGUACUCAAGCUUGACAAGUACGAUUUGAGCUGUUGUAUCCAACCUGUGCCAGCAAUCAAGAAAGAGAAAAUCAAACAAGAGAAAGCUACUUUGGUGAAUGUUCACGACGUGAGAGAGAAACUUGUGAUCCAGAAGCUGGAUUUCCCGCUCAUGGAGGUUGUCGGACAAUUCAACCUUGGCUUUAUUGUGGUGAAGCACGAGGAGAGGCUCUUCAUAGUGGACCAGCAUGCUUCGGACGAGAUCUUCAACUAUGAAAGGCUUCACCGGCUGCUUCUGCUCCGAGCGCAACCGCUUGUGAUUCCUCGCGUGUUGGAGCUAUCCCCGAUUGACGAGAUGCUUGUUCUCGACCAGCAAGAGCAGCUACGCAAGAACGGCUUUGUAGUGAGAGAAGCGCAGCAACAGGAACCCGGCAAGCGGGUGGAACUUGUGGCGGUGCCUGUGCUGAAGAACGUGGUUUUCGACGACAGUGACCUCCACGAAUUAGACCGGUUGGACCAUAUAAGACGGAAGAACAAGGAGAAGCUCCACCUAGAUCCACUGGAACCGUCGAACAAACCCACAUCGCUGCUGGACACGCAUCUGGGCAAGAGAAGCUCGGACAGGAACCCGGUUUUUGCCCUGGAGUCUACGCUACGGCUGAGAAAGCCCUCUAAUGGCGUCCAGAUGCCCCCCUCGGUCUUCACCAACAGUUCAGAAAACUUCAGGUCCCAGGUCUACUCCGCUCUCUUCAGCGACUUGAAUAAUAACGACAUAAGCGUCAUCCGCGACAUGCAACGGACCGAGCUCAAACCCUGGCAGGACUUGCUGACGAUGUUCGAAAGUUCUGUUGCUCCCGACCUACCGGACCUAUCGAUGGAGAACGCAUACUGGCCCACGCAUCUAGAUUUCGGCGCUUCAGGCUACAUUGAACCUCAAGUGAACAUGGGCGCGGAACGUUCAGACUUUGGAAUCCCAUCUCACUACACAGACAGUAACCACGCGGAAACUUCCAGCUUCAAAUUCGAUUGCAACAGUUCCAAUGAGCUGUCACCACAAAUUUACGACAAGUUAAAGCGCGAGAUAUCACCGCUGAUCAAUGAUGAAUUUAAAAGCGGACACAAAAGACGGAGUCCGUCCCAGUUCAGAAGGCAGGGAACUCCACUACCGCUCGCAGUCUUUCGAACAACCAGGUUCCCCAGAACUGUUGUUCCUCCCUCUCUCAAGAAUCCCUUUCUUGAGAAUGCCUUGCGCGGCUUGAAAAACGGCCGCGUUGACGUUCGUGAGUUCACCAACGAUAAGUUCACUGCCAUCAUCCAGCCGGUCUGGAGAGAGCAGCUAUACCAGCAAUUUUGGCUUGCCAUAUUCAAUCAGGCAUCCAUUCUCAACUUGUACUUUGUUUACUUCAUCGAUAAAGCUGUGAAUAUCUCCAAAAGAGCCGCGCAGAUCAUCGUGAACCGAGAAUUUGAGAUCAGUAAUCAGUCAUCCGCAAGUCUGACGUCCACGAGCUCCUCUCCGUUGAGCAAUCAAAGUCUAAGUCCUGCAAGCUCAGGAAAUAGAUACUCCGACUUUUUUUACAACCCGGAUGACCUCAAGAGACUUAAUCGUUUGCUGUAUGUCACAUAUGGAAGACUCUUACGCGCAUUGCGUGAAUCGACUGCCAAUUAUCAUCAGGAAUAUCCCAUCAAGAUGUCCAUGUUUUCUGCAUGGGCGUGCUUUUGGAAUACUUCAUCUGAUGUUUCCACACUUUGCAUGAUGUUUACCGGUGCCCUCACGCUAGCGACAAGACUACUCGCCGAUGCAUCUACUAUUGAUGACGUGAGCAUGGCCGUGAGACAAGAAAUUAUGAUAUUAAAUCUUCAUUCCACUGCAUCAAUCAUCCCGGACUUUCUGAUAACUGCUAUCACUGAAUUGUCCAAUACAUUUAGCAGCUACAAAAGAAUUGUGAGUGACCUUCUUUACAACCACGAAAACGGACUCGUUAAGUACGAACCUAUCACGAUGGAGACAUUGCAGAAUCCGAUUUUCAAGCACAAUAUCCAAGAAAUGAGUUCGUUCUUGAAGAAACUUCAGCAUGAAUACAUUCCUCAAAUGAGAACCAUCGACCACCACUUCAAGAACUUGCAUGGCAUAGACCCUAUGGUGGAAGACUACAAGUUUGUGUCUCCUACCCUCAUUUACAACUUGACUUACGACUGGUUUAGGGUCUUCAGGGGAGACAAAUUCUCAAUGAUCCCCAACACGAGCAUUUUGAAUAGGGUUCUUUCAUUGUUUUUCCAUGCUCUUGGCAGGGCCAUGGCCCAAAGCAUCCCACCAAUACGAUGUGUCAUGCUUUUGGAUCCAUGUUAUGUCAUUGCUCCAAUGUACGGUUUCGAAGUUCCGCAACCUCGUUAUGAAUAUAUGAACGAGUUUGAAGCAUUAUAUUCAAUUGACAUGGGGUUGGUGCGGAUGAUCAAGUUUUUUGAAUACCGUCAAGCUCUUUUUGGGUACCAUAUUGGCCACACUUUGGUGUCUGACUACAUUCAUCAUGUAGCGGAAAUGGCUCCGGCUGAUUUUGAGUACAAAGAUAUUGUGAGACUCGGACUCGACAAGCUUCGCGUCGCCGAAAUGCAGCCCGCUAAUCUCAUCACGGGAACCCUCGAGGUCCAGAAUUUCCCGAUUUUCGAUGACAUUUCGCAUGAUCUGCAAUGCUGCCAUGCGCUUCGGCAGGAGCUCGACCGGCAGGCAGUCGCCAGACGUACCGAACCUUGGACUUUUAAUUACGAGAAAGGUCUACUGAAUCAUGACUUCCAACCGGAGAAGGUUUUGGAGGUAUACAUGAGAAAGAGGCAGGCCGAGCUGAUGACACAGAUAUCGCCUGGUCUUGAGGAAUUGCGUGUUUUCGGUGAACUUUUUUCAAAAAGCGGAAACGAGCUCAUCAAUGCCAUCAACAAAAAUAAAAUGGCGGUUUGA